CAGGCAGUGGUUGUCCCAGCUCGACCUUUACCAAAGCAUCAAAGCCAAGGGGUAUCGGACGCGUCAUAACACUGUAAGACGAAGUAGCUCAGCAUAGGACCUUCUUUCAGUUCGUUGAAACUUGACUUUAUAAAACAGGAAUCACUAAAACCUGAGAAUGCAGAAGGCCAAGACUUACGACUGGAAUGAUUCGAAUCUUGCUCUGUUUGGCUCAGACACUGAGAAACAAGUCAAGAAAGAAUCGGCUGAAUCUGAACCAGCCUGGAAAGGAGCUGGGGAAAAAGUUGGACUUCAGAUUUGGCGUAUCGUGAAGUUUAAAGUUACCCACUGGCCCAAGGAAGACUAUGGAAGCUUCUAUGAUGGUGAUUCCUACAUCAUCUUGAAUACUUACAAAGAACCUGAGAAUGACCAACUGCUUUAUGAUGUUCACUUCUGGAUUGGAGCAUCAUCUUCACAGGAUGAGUAUGGGACCGCUGCCUACAAGACAGUGGAGUUAGACACGUUUCUUGAUGAUAAACCAGUGCAGCAUCGUGAAGUUAUGAACCAUGAAUCGGCAAUGUUCAUGUCAUAUUUCCAAACCCUCAACUUGAUGAAUGGAGGAGCAGACACUGGAUUUCGUCAUGUGAAGCCUGAAGAGUAUCAGCCAAGACUCCUUCAUUUCAGUGGAACCAGAAAAAGUAUCGUAACAAAAGAGAGACCCCUGUCCAAGUUUUCUCUCAAGUCGGAUGAUGUCUUCAUUCUGGAUCUUGGGUUGGAGAUCUAUCAAUGGAACGGAAAAGGAGCCAACAAAGAUGAGAAGUUUAAGGCUGUUCAGUAUCUGCAGCAACUGAAAUCCGAGCGUGGCGGUAAACCAAAAGUUGAAACUCUGGAUGAAGGUGACGUUUCCUCCACCCAUAAGUUCUACUCAAGUCUCUCGGAGGAGGAUUUAUCUGAGGGGGCUGAGCAAGCUGAUGACAGUUUCACUCCAGCCAUUUUCCGUGUUUCUGACGAGACUGGUCACCUAGAGAUGAGUCUUGUAUCUGAAGGCAAACUCUCCAAGAGCUUCCUGAGUUCCAAGGAUGUGUUUCUUGUUGAUGAUGGAAAGCAGUUGUUUGCAUGGAUUGGACAAGCAGCAAGUACUGAUGAGAGGAAAAAUGCCAUGUCUUAUGCCCAUAACUACUUGAUGAAGACCCAGCAUCCCCUUGUUCCAGUCACUGUGGUGAGUGAAGGAAAAGAGACGGCACUAUUUGCUAAAAUCAUGCCUUAGGAUGAUUAGUAGAGUUGAGGCUAAAAUAAUGCAUGAGAAUGCCUUGUAAAGUUGAAGGCAAAAUAAUCGCUAAGCUUUUGGUUAAGGAAAGGAACAACAGUAGUUAUUUCUUGAAGGUGAAAAGGGGAGCAUUAAUUGUAGUCUGUGUAAUAAAGAAAUACAUGUUUUUAUUUUCAUGGUACAACUCAUCUUAGAUAUAUAUUGUUAGCACUUUGCCAUUUUAAGAAAUCUCCCUCCAACCUCCAACCUCCACUCAAAGAGCGGAUAAACUAAUUACACAAUGUCUUCCAUUUGCAACUUGUUCACAUUUCCACCAAUGGCCCUACGACUGUUGAGAUAGUAAGACACCACUACAGGUAGUGGUGUACCACUACAGUAGUAAACCACCCCCCCCCCCC